GAUGAUAUCAGCGAUGCACAGUAAGUCGCGUCCGCGGGCAAGCUUGCUGGUGGUGCAUUUGGCUCGCUCGCUGCGCUUCAGGGGAACAGUCCGCGCGUAGAGAAUACAGAUCACCUCGAUCUAUCCAAUAAAUACGAUGCAUCGCGCAUAGGCCCCUUGGGGAGGUUGCACAAUGGGGGGCUAACCGGUCCCGCGCUUCGCAUCCCUUCAGCCGAUCUUGGCGCUUGCAAAAAAGUAAAGGUGCUGGGCGAGCUGGCUAUUCUUUCACAUAAGAGUAAACGCGUUUCGUUCACCCACCCCACAAAGUGCAUCUGCUUUGACCAGCGUUUUCUCACAGCAAACGCUCUCAAAAUUUAAUGGCGCGCAGCUGGGUUGCGUGUCAGGGCGCAAACAGUCUGUUACACUUGGUUCCAGCCUUGAAGGCGGGCUGGGGCGCACGCCAGACCCCAAAAACACGCCAGGAGGCACACUUUGGAACAGCAUGUGUAGAUGAGUGGCUAACAGUUCUACUCCGCUUGGUUGCGUUAGGGCGCCUCGGCGCCCUGACCCUCCUUGUCGGUAGUAGUUCCUGGCCGGCCUUCGUGGCCGCGCCAAUCCCCUGUGGCGCCUCCAUGGCGUCCCUGGCGUUGCUUAGGUCAGCUGUAGUGCGUCAGUACUGCUCUGGCUGCGGCGCGACACUCAGUCGGCGACAUCAUCGUCGCCGUCCUGCCGAGCGGUCCCCGCUCUGGCAAUCUUUGCCGACCAUCAUGAUCUCACACCGUGGAGCCUUCGCGACCUGGCGUGGGUGGCGCGCCUGCUCGCCGAUCGACCUCGUCCUCAUGGCUUCGCGAUGCUUCUGGCGGGGCGCUCGCUGCUGCCGGGCUCGCAGUGGCGUGUCGCUGAGCGGCUCUUUCGGUAACGGAGGGCCGAUUGGAGCUGCUGGCGACUCUUGCUGUGGGCUGCUGCCGCGGCCUGACGUGGCGCCGGGCUCGCCGCGCGUGAACCGGGGCACGCUGCGGCGGGAGCCAGGACCGGCGUCUUCCGGGCGGCGGCGGCUGGAGCUGUGGGCGCAUCUACACAGUGGAGAGACCUGCUUGGCGAAUGCAGUCUGGCGAAGGCAGUCCAGCGAAGGCUGGCUGGCGCAGGCCGACUAAGCGAAGGCUGGCUGGCGCUGUCUGCUGUGCUAGGGUGUUGCGAGGCUGUGUGGACUUGGUUGGGCGGUGGGCGUGCCUGCACCGCCUGUGCUAGGUUGCGGGCGCUGUGGCUUGUGUUGUCUGGUGGGUCGGACCGGCUGAUCCUCGUGGUUCAGCGAACUUGCACGGCCCUGGGCCGUCUACAGGAUGCAGCUUCGGGCUGCACCCAACAGUGUGAGGGCCCUGCCCUGUUGGUGCUGGUGUUUUGGGGUAGGAGUUGCACUUUGCAAAGUGGCAGUCAGUCUGACGCCGACCCGCGGCUUAGGUGAGCAGCGCUAGCGUUUGCGGUGAGCCUUGCUCGGGGUUCCUCCCCUCCUUUAGUGAGGCGAGGAGCAUGGGGGUCAUUCGAGGUUCCCUCGAGUGUGCGUACGUGUCUCGUGCGUUUAUGGAGCCCUGGCUUGCCCGUGGCUGUCAUCCCACAUGUAACCUCUAUUCGCUAAUGACUGUUGCCCGCCCGUGGGCUUUGUACGCGGGUGGUCUUGCGCCACGAUGCCGGAGUUGGGUGCCGGAGGACCAUCAAGGUCGCAAGAUCGAAACCCAUCAGGAACGGUUCGGCUCCGUUACCUGUGUAGGCACUGAACAUACUUGUGCCGAACUUCCCCGAACGAGCGCCAUCUCGGCCUUCCUAGGUCGCUGCUCUACGGGAGAUGCCACAAUCCUAGCCCAAGCGCUGGCACUUUGGCUGCAUUACCACCUCCAUAGUGGAUGCGCAGCGUAUGCUCCGCGUGUGAUGCAACCCGCGCAGUGGGGAUUCCGGCCUGCCAUUACGUGCGGUAAGGAAAACUCUGACGAUUUAGAGCUGCGCGAAUGGAGCGUUGCAACCAGCCCAUCGACCCGCUGCGACCAAGGCUCAUUCUAGCCCAUCGUGCGCUGGGCGAAUGGCAUACUCAGUGAUGUAUCCUGCAUCAAAAGCUUGGCCUCCGUGCGCCCUGCCCUGACACGGCGGACCUGGCGUGAGCAUGGUACCAAAACAAGGGCCCGCCGCAUGUGGUGCCUCAACGUUUCCUGCGUGCGCUGCGCCUGACCAGUCCGAUCCAAUGAAUGGUGUAUAAGCGUGAUCCAGGAUAACAGCCGUCGGAAUGCAAGCACAGUCUUAGCUAAGUGCUGCGGCCCAGGGGGGCGCCGGUGUGUGCGGGCGUGCCACGCGCGCGUGCUGCUGAUACGGGCGUGCCACGCGCGCGUGCUGCUGAUAUGCAUACCACCAGCCCAUGGGCGAGGGCACGCAAGCCUGUACAACCCGUGCGGCGCUUGUUAGAUGGCCGGAUCGGGUCGGCUACGGAGAUGCAUUAACGAGGCUAGAGCCUCUGAUUGACGUUGCCGAGGGCGGCAAGCUUCAUGGCCAGCUUGUGUUUCGGUCAACAUGCUCCGCAAUUCGCGGCCCCUUUCGCGAGGUGGGUAUCCUGUCUAUAUAACAGAGUGGAGCGAAACAGGCGUGGGGCACUCUCGGGGCGCCUGGCGUGGACGCCCAUGCAGGCUUUAGGAUUGAUCCAACAUCCAAUCCUACAUUU